GGUGAAAUGGCAACCUGGUUGCCUGCUGCUGGCGGCUUUGCUGUCUAUGCCUCUCGAUUUGUUGAUCCUGCUCUGGGCUUCUCGCUCGGAUACACAUACUGGUUUAAAUAUAUCAUCACCACUCCCAACCAACUCACCGCAGCAGCGCUUGUCAUACAGUAUUGGCUGCCCGCAGAAAAGGUCAACCCCGGCGUCUGGAUUACCGUGUUCCUGGUAGUCAUCAUAACGAUCAAUGUGCUCGGCAUCAAGUACUUCGGAGAACUCGAGUUCUGGCUCUCAUCCGUCAAGGUCCUGGUCAUCAUCGGCCUGAUCAUUCUCUCGCUCGUCAUUGCCCUCGGAGGCGCCGAUGGCGAUCGCAGAGGCUUCAGAUACUGGAGCGACCCAGGAGCUUUCAAGGAAUACGUUGGCAAAGGCGAUAUUGGACGCUUCACGGCAGUCUGGCAGAGCAUGGUCACUGCAGUUUUUGCCUAUCUCGGAACGGAGCUGGUCGGCGUGACUGUUGGAGAGGCACAAAACCCGCGCAAGAACAUCCCUCGCGCCAUCAAGCUUACCUUCUGGCGCAUUGCCAUCUUCUACGUCGUCUCCGUCAUCCUUCUUGGCAUGACUGUUCCAUACAACAGCGACCUGCUUGCCUUCGCCACCAAAUCGUCGACCUCUGCUGCAGCCUCGCCCUUCGUGGUUGCUAUCAAGCUCGCCGGAAUCGACGUCCUACCGGGAUUCAUCAACGGCUGCAUUCUCAUAUUCGUGUUCAGCGCAUCCAACUCCGACCUGUACAUUGCCUCACGUACCCUUCACGGCUUGGCCUUGAAGAACCACGCUCCUGACUUCCUGGCCAUUACCAACAAACGCGGUGUCCCAUAUUACGCCCUCGGACUCUCGUCUCUGAUCUGCUGCAUCGCCUUCAUGAACGUAUCGACCUCGUCCAAGACAGUCUUUGGCUAUUUCGUCAACCUGGUCUCCAUUUUCGGACUCCUCACCUGGAUCUCCAUUCUGGUCUCGCACAUCUAUUUCGUCAAGGCCAGACGCGCACAAGGUGUUCCAGACGACAGCAGCCAGCUUCGAUACAAGUCGCCCUUUGGCCUGUGGGGAAGCUAUGUCGCUCUCGCAUUCUGCUGUCUUAUCGCCUUGACCAAGAACUUCACCGUUUUUGUGCCGAGUCCAUCCAGCUACGGCAACUUCGACUACAAGAACUUUAUCACUGGCUACCUCGGAAUCCCGCUCUACCUCAUCAUGAUCGCCGGUUACAAGUUCAUCAAGAAGACUCACGGCGUCAAGCCACACGAGGCUGAUCUAUGGACUGAUAAAGAUAUCAUUGAUGCCGAUGAACAGGAGUGGCUCGCGAAGGAAGCUGCUGAUAGAGCCAACGGCCGCGAUGGCUCAUGGCUGUACAGGCACUCAAUUGGCUACAUUUUCUAGAUAGAUAGCCCUUUCGAAAGCUCAUUGUGCUUGCCAUGGAAGGCACGUGUGAAGC